AUGGCUCGAAAAGCAGGCGACUCGGAGAGGGCGCCGUUGUUAUUACCGUCCUCUCCAUCAUCGACCGCGCCUACAGUGGACGAGGAAUCACGACAACGAAUUCGCCGGGCCUCCAACCCAGCGGCAGAAGAUGAGAAGCUCUCGGCCGUCCGGGGCACGCUGAUAUGCAUAUCGGUGUGGAUUUUGAUCUUCGUCUUGACGUGCAAUAUCUCUCUGAUCACGACGAUUCAAUCCCCCAUCGCCAUCGACCUCCGGGCAUCGACGGAAGUCAGCUGGUUCACGUCGAUCUACCUCAUAUCCAUCACCAGCAUCACUCCGAUCGCCGGCCGGAUAUCGGCCAUCUUCACGCCGCGAGUCUAUCUCCUGGCCUCGAUCGUGGUGCAAGCCGUGGGCCUUCUCCUCACGUCUCGGGCCAGAUCCCUCGCCACAUUCCUCAUCGGCCGAGCCGUGACCGGGGUGGGAAGUGGCGCCGUCACGCCGGUGGCCUUGAUCCUGGUCAGAGAGCUGACGAGUGAGCGACGAAGAGGGCUGUUCUUCGGGUGCAUCAACACGGGAUACACCACGGGCGUGGCCUGUGGCGCCAUCAUCGCCGGCGCUCUCGAACCCCUGGUGGGCUGGCGAGCCGUCUUCGGGCUUCAGAUCCCCUUCGCCCUAGCCGCCGGGGUACUGGCAUUCUUUACGAUCCCUUCACCGCGCGACACCAAGACAGCCGGUGUGACUACAGCAGAUUCGUCCACGUUGGCCCAGAAGCUGUCGCAGAUCGAUUACUUCGGAAUCAUCACGCUCAUCGCGGCCGUGGUGCUUCUCCUGUACAGCCUGUCGUCGCCGCAAGUGCAAAUUGUGCCUAUCAUCUUGUCCUUGGCCUCUCUGGUCCUCUUCAUCUUCGUCGAAGCCAAGUGGGCGCGGGAACCGAUCGUUCCGACCAGCGUGCUGCGGUCCCGAGGCAACAUCCUCACCGGCGUGGCCAGUGUGGGAAUCAUGACUGCGCGCUGGGGCGUCCUGUUCUACACCCCGACAUACGUGCUCACGCUGCGAGGCUGGCCGCAAGCCCGUGCCGGCCUGACGCUGAUCCCUACAAACCUGGGAUUUGGGCUGGGCGGUCUUCUGGCCGGCUGGCUGCACAUCCGCCGGUCCAUGUCCUUCUACAUCUCGUGUCUCGUGACAUUCGGCCUGUUCAGUCUCUCCAUGUUCGCCAUGUCGUGGAUCUCGACGCCCACGUCCAACACGUCCUUGUAUGUCGCGGUCUUGUUUUUCAACGGUCUGAUCGCCGGCGCCCUGUCCAACUAUUCGCUGGCGCAUCUGCUGCACCUGACGCAUCCCACCACACAUAUCAUCGUCAUCCCGCUGAACGCCAUGUUCCGCAGCCUCUCGGGCUCGUUUGGCUCCUCUGUUUCGGGAGGCCUGUUUCUUCGCACCCUGAGGCAGACUCUGCAUGACGAAUUUGCCGCUCGUGGAAUCCCGGGCAAGGCGAAGCUGAUCAGACAGUUGGUCGGCACGCCCAUCCUGGUCCAAAAGCUGACGGGCGUCGACCGAGAGGUCGCUCUGGUCGGGUACGAGACUGCCCUCCGCACCAUGUAUAUGGCAGGCGGCUUUCUCGCUGUUGCUAUGUUGCUGGUGCAGGCGGGGACUGGGUGGACCGCACCGGAUUCUGACAAGGAAGAAGGAGACGGGGGAAAUGUCAUUGCUGAGGGGGACCAUGUCGUCUCGUCUGUGUUGUCGAGGGAGACUGGAGCGAGCUGA